AUGGAGGAACUGUUCAGCAGAGUAUUGGCAGUGAGUGUGAGGUGCAGUGACAGUGAAGACAGGAAAGCAAACAUCCGUGUCACCAUUGAGCUUCAGCUGACAACAAGUCCAGUGCACAAACGGGAUCUUCUAGUAAGACUGACAGAUGAUCUAGAUCCAUAUUUUCUCUUUAAUCUCUCUAUAUCUGAGGAUGAUUUCCAAAGUUUGAAAGUCCAGCAGGGUCUGCUGAUAGACUUUACAUCAUUUCCUCAGAAGUUUAUUGACCUGCUUAAUCUGUGCUAUUCUGAGCAAGAGUCGGACAAUCCAAGGUUUCUCCUGCACUUGUCAUGUCAGUCUCCAGUGCACGAUGGUCCCGCCAGCUUCAGUGUUGUAGAGACAAAUGCAUUCAAACACUUGAACCACUUGUCUCUGCGGCUUACUCCAGGCUCUGACAAACUUGUCAGAGACUAUCUGGCAAUGUGCCUGACUUCCUUGAAGGCAGAGAAGCAGGCCUUGGAGAUGAAGCUUAAGAAGACUGAAGAUGAUCUGUCCAGGCAGCUGAGUUAUGCUCAACAGACUCUGUCUGAGAAGACUAAAGAGUUGGACAAACUGCGUUCAGAGUGGACGAGUCAGAGCAGCUCUCUGUCCAGCCGUCAUUCUCAGGAGUUACAAUCAGAGAGAGAGAAGGCUGUAGAGUUACACAGCAGGCUCCAGCAGCAGAGUGAGCAGCUCCGUCACGAGCUAGAGAGUGCUCAUAAGAGGAGCAGCCAGCAGCUUCAGAGCAGACUGACUGAGCUGGAAGCCUCCUGCAGAGAGCUCACAGAGAGGAAAUACAAGAACGAGUCUGUCGUCAGAGACCUGAAAAUUAAACUAGUGGGUGCAGAGGAGGAGUGCCAGCGCUCAAAGCAGCAGGUCUUGUCUCUGAGGAGAGAGAACAGCACUCUGGACACAGCGGUCCAUGAGAAGGAGCGUUUGGUGAGCCAGCUGCAGAUGAGAGUGGCUGUUCUGGAACAGGAGAUUAAGGACAAGGAUCAGCUCAUGUGCCGCACAAAAGAAGUCCUGGAAGCCACUCAGCUGCAGAAGGAAUCAGUGGAAGAAAAUGCUGAAAGUAAAGAACUCCAGAUUAAAAAACUUGAAGCAACAGUGAAGUCGCUGUCUGAUGAGCUGAUAAAGGCUAAUAGUAUCAUUAAGAAACUGCAGUUGGAGGUCCGAGGUCUAGUUGGAAAAAUAAAGGUGAAAAACACAGUGACUGUGUCGCAGGAGAAGGUCCUCCAGGAAACAUCAGAUAAACUUGAGAAUGUUGAAAAGGAUCUACAGAGAGCCCAGCAGCAGCUCAUCAUUAAAGAUGAACAGGUUUCAAAACUGAAGGAGCAAUUGGAGACAACAGUACAGAAGCUAAAUGAAAGCAGAGAGGUGUUAAAAACAAAUGAGAAUGUCAUAAGUUGGCUCAACAAGCAGCUAAAUGAAAAGCAGAUGCCCAGAAAGCCUCAGUCUCCUGAACGUUUGGAGAAUCCUUCAGUUGUAUCUACAGUGACAGGACUGAGGGCACAAUUUUAUCCUCAGACAGGCAGACCUGCUGUGACUCCUGUAGACGCUGCUGAUGUCACUGCUGCUGAUCAACAAGUAAUGCAGCCAGUCAACAGACACAUUGGAGACUCUGCACUUCUGGAUUCAAAGUACUUUGAGAGGAGAGACGAUAGCAUCCCAAUCUAUGGUCUGCCGUCCAAUCUUCUUCACAGAGAGCUCCCUCAACGAACCAAGCCCUCCGUAGUCUCUGCGUACUUCUCUGCUUGA